GGGAGUUGUAGUCCCCGGGGCGGGGAAGUAUGGCUGCGGCGGAGCUGAAAUGUCCCGUGCUGCCGCUCGCUAACGGCUGCAGCAUCCCGGUUCUGGGGCUCGGUACUUCCCAUCAAGGUGGCUAUUCCCACGAUGCUGUGGUCCAUGCAAUACAAAGCUGUGGCAUUCGUCAUAUUGACACAGCAAAACGAUACGGCUGUGAAUCUCUGCUCCAAAAGGCCAUCAAAGAGAGUGGUGUGAAACGAGAGGACAUCUGGCUAACUACCAAACUGUGGCAUAGUGAUUAUGGCUAUGAAAACACAAAAAAAGCAUGCUUGGAGUCAUGUGAAAGACUUGGUGUUGAAUACCUUGAUCUUUAUUUAAUACACUGGCCUGAUGCACAAGUUCCUGGUAAAAGCAAUCGAGAGGUCCGAGCUGAAACCUGGAGAGCAAUGGAGGAGCUCUAUGAGAAAGGUUUGUGUAGAUCAAUUGGUGUAAGCAACUUUCUUAUCAGUCAUCUUGAGCAACUAAAGGAAGACUGUGUGAUUACUCCACAUGUUAAUCAGGUUGAAUACCACCCUUUCCAAAGGCCUCAAGAGCUGGUUGAUUAUUGUAGGAGCAGAGAUAUUGUUUUUGAAGGCUACUGUCCUUUAGCCAAAGGUGAAGCACUUACUCAUCCUAGUAUCAUUCAGCUGGCGAAGAAAUAUGGCAGAACUCCAGCACAGAUUUGCAUACGCUGGAGUAUACAGAAUGGGAUUGUCACUAUUCCAAAGUCCACAAAAGCGGAAAGGAUAGAGGAAAACUGCAAGGUAUUUGAUUUUACAAUAGCAGAAGACGAUGUUGAAGUUCUCAAUGGACUGCAUGAUGGGAGACAUGUUUCCUGGGACCCAAGCCUGGUUGUGUGAAUGAAGGAUGGCUCAUGUUCGUAGACUCCUCUGAUGCAACUGUGAGUUGGCCAGCAGUGCUAGCACUAAGAGAGGAUGCUGUUCUGAUAGUGUCAGAGCACACAGCCUUUGGGAGGACCCCAGCUUGCAACUUCUUUUCUGACAAGAUCAAAGCAUUUUCUUGCAAGGAAAUUGCCCUGGGAUUUACCAGGUUUCUGAAAUCCCCUCCAUACUAAGUUCUUACUGGAAAUUCCACAAGAACUUUGGUUGUCACAAGCGAUUUUUGUUUGGUUUUUUGCCAUGCCCCAAAUCCAAAUCACGAGUUUUUACUCCUCCUAAAACUCAGGUAUAUAAGGGCAUAUACAUGCUUAGGAUGCCUGUGAACAAAAGUGUCUGUCUCUUUAUGCUUGUGGACAUGUUGCAGAAACACUUUCAACCAGUUUACCCAGGUCAAAUGGCUGUUAAUGUGGCUUUGGUGCCCUGAAGUGCUCAGCCCUCAUGCUCGCAUUCCACCCAGACCUGCAUUUGGCUUGUUCUUGCAAUAGCGCAUG